CAAAACAAAGUGAAAAGUAAAAUACGCUCCUGAAAAAAAACAGGCCUUCGACUUCUUCAAUUCCACGACGUGCAGUAGUAGCAGAAGAGCAAACCGACGCUGCCAUGACCACCGGCGCGGCGGAGCCGCCAUCCAUAACGGACGACGAUAUCGUGCGCCUGGCCCAAACCUGCGCACCCCUCCCGUCCUUCCUCCUCUCCCCGAACUCACACUCUCUGCUUCUCUCUUUCCUCGCCUCUCGCUGUUCUUCAUCUUCUCCGUCUCUCGCAGUUUCCGAAUACGCACUCUCUCUCCUCUCCCUCAUCUCCACCUCUCCUCCCACCCAAUCUCUCUCUUCCCUCCUCUCUUCUCUCCUCCUUUCCUACACCAACCUCUUCAUCUCCAUCCGAAUCCCCCACGAUCCCAAUUCUCUCAAAACCAUACACUUCUUCAAUACCCUCCUCGAUCACAUACCCAUUACCGAUCUUCCUCAAAUCGUCGACUCCAUUGUCUCGUAUCUACCUCAAAUCGUUGAUUCCGAAGAUACCCAGAUCGUCGAUCUCCUUCCCAGGUGUUUGAACUUGAUCCGCGGUUCGGAGGAGGUUGAGCGAGGUGGGGAUUUCGUUGACUCAAUUUUUGAUCGGAUUCUCGAUUGCAAUUGGUCGAAGGGACUGUUAGUCAAGCUGGUUUCGAUCGUACGGGAUUUGCCAUUUCUCGACAAGGUGAGGGGUAGGGAGUUUGUAGAGAAGGUGUUUGUGGGAAUGUCGCGAGUGGAUUUGCAGGACUUGCCGUCGCUGGUUUACCAGUUGUUGGUUUUGGCGUCGAAAGGGUUUAGCAAGAGGGAAGUGGUUGAAGGGAUCGUGGUGUUUUUCGGGUCCAAAUUGGGGUUGAAGACGAGCUCCAUAGUCAGGCAAGUUGAAGGGACUGUUUUACUCCAUGUCAACUUUGCGGUGAAGCAAGAUCCUUCUCUGGGACAAGAGGUUGUGGGGCUCGUGAGGUCGGACCUUAGGUUGUUCAAUCAUUUCACGGUGGCUAUUUUGCUAUCGGUUUCAAGGAUUCGGAGGUUCGGCGACAGCUCGAUAGGGGUUUUGAAAACCACGAUGCUUAACACAUACCGUGAUUACAAGUUUGCCGAAGAUUGCAAGUGGCUAACCGAUGAGUUAAAGGAAGAAUACAUGCAAAAUGUGAAAGUAGUUGAGAAGGCCAUGUUAAGAGCUGUUAAUGAGAGCAACAAUGGGAGGGAGCAUAUUGUGCCUAGCAUUGUGCAGUUUGCUUUUGUUUUGUUAGAGUUGGUUGAAGGGGCAAAUUGUAAAGAGCUCUGCAAUUCUAAUGGUCUGUUAGGCAUUGAAGAUCUUGGUAUUCAGAUGCUGAAAACUCUAUUUGAGGUCCACGAAAUGGCAAGGAAUGAGAUUAUUGAGCAAUGCAAAUUCCGCAUCCUUUCUUUGAAGCCUGAGCAGAGCAUGGCAAUCAUAAGAUUGCUUGGUAAUCUGGUGGAGAGUUAUCCAUAUCUUAUGUUAGAACAUGUUUCCCGCUUGAAGGAACUGUUAGAUUAUUUCACUUACAUGCAUGGCAAGGUUGCUUCCAGUAUUGUUACUGCUCUAUCACCUCUUAUCAAAUUCAGCGGUGAUCUUCAGGAUUACACCAUAUUGGUCAUGCGUAAGGCCAUGUUCAAACAGGAUGAUACAGUUCGUCUGGCAGCAGCUAAUGCCAUCAUUGAUCUUAUUUUGGCAGAAAAGCAAUCCAGGAGAGAUAAUCCGUUUUCUUUUCAAGAGUCAUCUAGCCAAGCCAGUUGUAGCCAGCAAGCUGAGGUACUCGGUAAGGUGGGGAAGGGUCUCUUUCAAGAGAUGAGUGGCUUGCUGCACAGAUGUCUUUAUCAACAGGUUAAAAUGAAGGAAGCUGUGUAUCAUGGACUUGUGAAGCUUGUAUUGAUGGACCGGUCAAGUGCGGGUGUUGUCUUGGAUUUUCUGUGGCCUCACUUUCUCCGCUUUUUUGGAGAGGAUGUGGAUGUACAACUUGGAAUUAGCCAUUGUGUUAAGUCAGAAAGUGGCAAAGUUUAUAUUGAUGAACCCUUAGAUGUUCUCCUGUCUUGCAUCUCCUGGAUUCUACUCCUACAGCCACAUGGUAAAACUGAUCGAGCCUUGGAUUCUUCAUGGGCGUGUUUUGGUUUCUCCCUCUCGCAAGACAAUGAGGCAGGAAGAAGUUUAUCUGCUGAGCCAUUCUCAAGUGCAUUCUUGAAGAUCCGGAAAUUUCUAAGAAAUCAGAAUCUGGCAGACAUUAUUUUUCCAAGUAGGGAUGCGGGCUCAACUUCUGUUGAAGUAGAUAAAAGUAAAUCAUGUGCUCAGGUUUUAUCAGGAAUGAUUGAAGUCAUAUUGAAUGUGGUUGGUGAUGAGCUGGAGAGGGCAACGGAUGUAGCUAAAUUGGAACUUGAAAAGGAGCUAAUUGACUUUGUUGAACGUCAUGAUUCAUUGGAGAAAGAUGCAGGCUUGUUGCGGCAGGGUGCUGGGACCAGAAAAGGGAAUUUACGAAGUACUGCUAGUGAUGUGCACAAAAAAAUAGAUUCAGGCCACUCCAAAGUGACUCAAGGACGAAUUUCUUUCUUGUCAACUUCCAGUCUGUGCCAGAUAUUGCAAAUGACGCUGAAACUAUACAAUACUGAUGGCUCUAGCAACACUGCAGCUUCCCAAAACCAUAACCAGUUAUCCUUAAGCAAGACAUCCAGAUGUUGCUCUAAAAUUAUUUCUUUUGUGUUGAAUGUCUCCUUUUGUCAUAUAACAUUAUUCCCUGCUCUAGGAAAAGAAAAUCCAUUCAGAGCUUUGAUUUAUGGGGAAAUCAAGAUGCUUGGGAUCCCAUUGCUGAGAUUAAUAGUUUUACUUAAAUCAGGGGCAAGGUCUACAGCAUAUCAAAAGAAAAAAGAGGCCAAGGGAAAGAAAGAAGUUGAAGAACAAAGAGAACUUCUUCAUCUAGCCUUGGUUUGCUUGAAGGAAUUGAUAAUUAUUAAUUUGGGGAGUCCAGACCUGACUGUUUUGCUUGAAAAUGUGGUGUCAGUUUCCACUCUUGAGGAUGCCAAUAAUGGUGAAUGUCAAAGAGCCUCUAGAAUUGAUGAUCAAGCUAUAAAAAGCAAAGAAUUGUUCAUCGUUAAAACUUUGAAGCCGUUGUUCCUUGAGCUUAUUGAACUCUCUUAUCCUGAUGAAGUUGAGAUUGUCUGUGGUAUGAUAUUGAUGACUGGGGAGAAGUUGCCACGCGAACUAAGGAGCAUUCAUGGAGCUUGGGCUCUCCGUAUCUGCAAAGACAAGGAAAUAACAGAUUCCAAGGUCACCAGAAGUGUUGUUACACUAGCUAUUUCUUUAAGUUUUCCUCCAGAUGAUUUAGCCAUAUGUCAAGACAUGGCUAUAGAGGUAUUAAAAGUCGUUGGAUCAGAGACGCAAGAACCACUAAAGGUGUCUGAUGUAUACCCCCUCAUAAAUCAAUCAACAAGUACUGCAAUAAAUUCUUGUAUACUGCACGAGAUCGAAAUAAUUAUGGCUGAUAUGGAUUGGGCCCUAAAAAAACUGAAGAUGCUCUAUUCAGUAAUCCAGAAAAGCACCCAUCUUAGUCAGAAUGGUGAAAGUGCGCAUGGAUUGGCAUUUGAGGAAACUGUUUACUCCAGAGCUGAAGCAGUGGUUAAAACGCUAGCUUCUUUUGUUUUGAUGAGCCUCAAAGACUCUCAAGCUGAGCAUUUGAUCCGGUUGGCCGCCAGGUUUUACAAGCACUUAGCUCAGAUGUCAAAGCUUAGAAUUGCUCCAAAAGGUUACAAGCAGGUUUUGCCUACCCUUAAGUUCCAGAAGCUUGUGGAGAUAACUUGCAGGCAGCUAACAGCUCCUCUGUAUACCUUUGUUUCUGAGAUGCAAAAGAUCCAACAGGAAAGUGCUAGUAAAAGGGGAAUCGUUAACAAAAUCAAGAGGGAAAAUAAAUGCAUCCCAGAGCUGAUCUUUCAGAUAGAAGAAUAUGAAAAGUAUCUAAUCCAGCUUAGCAAGGCAAGCAAAGUCAACCUGCUUAGGCAUGCAAAGCGUAGUACUUCCAGGGAUUUCAAAAUAAUAGACCAGAACAACGCUAUGAUGAGGGAAGAAGAUGUUCCUAACAAUGAAGCUGAUCAUAACAAUUCUGCCGCAGUUGAAAAUGAGACGGGUGAGGAUUCCGAAGACAACAACGAAGAAAAUGGGUUGGAGACGAAUUUAUCACCUGAAUCUGGUAGUGCUUUGGCUGCUGCUGAGGAUUCUGGUUCUGAUAAUGAAGAUGGUGAUGAUGCUCUUCCCAAUGCUAAGAGAAUGAAGAGAGGUAGAAUUGUGCAAGACUCAGAUGAUGAUGAGGUUUAGAACAGAGUAAAAUGGCAAAUAUCUCAUGCUCUUUUUUUUGGCUGAAUGAUUGUAAAUAUGGAUUUAGAAACGUUAAAACAGCACUGGGUGUUUAAAGUUUGAUCAGAGGUCAAAUAGAAAUAGACGGUACAUAUUCAAUUAUGUUCAUACCCUUUUAUGUUUCAAUGGAAAACCUUGGUUCUU